GAUGACCUGCCUCGUGUGAAGGUGGAGAUUGAGGCCAUGAAGAGCCUGAGUCAUCAGCACGUCUGUCGCCUCUACCACGUCAUAGAGACCUCCACCCAGAUCUUCAUGGUGCUGGAGUACUGUACGGGUGGGGAGUUGUUCGACUACAUCAUAGCAAAGGACCGUCUGUCCGAGGAGGAGACCAGGGUGUUUUUCAGACAAAUUGUGUCUGCGAUGGCUUAUGUCCACAGCCAGGGAUACGCACACCGGGACCUCAAACCGGAAAACUUACUGAUUGAUGAAGACCACAACUUGAAGCUCAUAGACUUUGGACUGUGUGCCAAACCUAAGGGAGGUUUGAAUUAUGAGCUGAUGACGUGUUGUGGGAGCCCUGCGUACGCUGCUCCUGAACUCAUCCAGGGAAAAGCAUACAUUGGUUCAGAGGCUGAUGUGUGGAGUAUGGGAGUGCUGCUGUUCGCUCUGCUCUGUGGAUACCUGCCCUUUGAUGAUGACAACUGCAUGGUCCUCUACAGGAAGAUUGCAAGAGGUAAAUAUGAUAACCCUCGGUGGCUCUCUCCAGGCAGCAUCCUCCUCCUCAACCAGAUGAUGCAGGUGGACCCCAAGCGGCGUAUAACUGUUCGACAGCUGCUGGACCAUCCCUGGGUGAUGAAAGAAUACAACAGCCCCGUGGAGUGGCACAGCCAGCAGCCGCUCGGGCACAUAGAUGUGGACUGUAUCACUGAGAUGGCUGUCAACCUGAAACGAUCGAGGGAGAGCACCACAGCGCUGGUCAAGGAGUGGCGAUAUGACCAGACCACAGCCACCUACCUGCUGCUGCUGUCAAAGAAGCAGAGGGGCAAACCUGUCCGCCUACGCCCUGAACCACCAGUCUGUGAGGACUCUUGCUCUCCACUGCUCCAGGGAAUACAGACUAGGGAAGGCCUUCACUUCAGCGAGGAUGAAGACGCUGUGAUUGUGGGUUCUCUGGACUUUUGCUCAGACUACAUUGAUGAUAGCCCGUGGGUUUCAGUCACACAGUAUACACCCCAGGGGGUCAGAGGUCAGCCAGAUGGAGCUACAAACAACAAAGAUGCGAGACUAGCAUCUCCAUCAGUGGAGAAAAGAUGUGCUUACAGCCCAACCCCAGAGAGGGUGCGAACGACCACACAGCACGGACAGGAGAGGAGGGACAGAGUCCGAGAGCGAACUAGUGAGAACAAGGAGAAUAUCGCCGUGCAGGACAAAGAUGUUGAAAUAUUUGCGUUGCCUCCUCCUUGGACUCCGGUGUCCAGUAAGAAGAACGCACGACCCAACAAGAAUGUGUUGACCACACCCAAUCAAAAUGCUAACGUCAAUGGCACUAAAACCAAUGUAGGCACACCAAAAGGUGAAGGCAGUGCCUCUAAAGAGCACAAUAAGAAGAGGGCAGCAGAGAACAAGGAGCUUCCAAACGUUGAAAUACUGGCCUUCAGUCCUGAGCGAAGGUCUCGGUCUUUGGACAUGGCUGGUAUUGGAGACAGCGGGAAGAAGAAGAGAGGAGGAAAGGUGUUUGGUUCCCUGGAGAGAGGCCUGGAUAAAGUGAUCACAAUGCUCACUCCCAGCAAGAGACGAGCCAUGCGUGACGGCCCACGCAAGAUCAAGGCGCAGUACAACGUCACUCUGACCAGUCAGACCAACCCAGACCAGGUCCUUAACCAGAUCCUCUCCAUCCUGCCGGAGAAAAACGUUGAUUUCACACAGAAAGGGUAUACUCUGAAGUGUCAAACCUGGGGCGACUUUGGGAAGGUAACCAUGGCAUUUGAGCUGGAGGUGUGCCUGCUCCAGAGGCCGGAGGUCGUCGGGGUCCGCCGCCAGAGGCUGAAGGGCGACGCCUGGGUCUAUAAGCACCUGGUGGAAGACAUCCUCUCCACAUCCAGGAUCUAAAUAAUGCACUUUCCUGUCAAUAUCACUUCCAGUGUCAGUGGACACUAGCUUUUUUGUGUCAGCAACAUGACACACCCAUUGUCCAAGUAUUUAGGAGGAUUGAUUAGUGAUUGAUGUACAGAUUCGAACAUAGGAUGGUGUCUCAGCAACAUUAAUGAUCAGUCCUACAUUAUUUAUAGUGAAUAUUUGAAAUUGUCCACAGGCCAACCUGCAAUCCCCAGAGUACAUGUUACAUUAAAUUUAUGAGCAUUACAUGUCAAGAAUCUGUAAAAAUAUCUUGUUUUAUGUAGAAUAUUGUUGUUUUACUCCCCGCCUUCGUAAGCUGAAUAGGAUCUGUGUCAGUCCUCUUGAAAUGAAUGUGUGUGUGUGUGUGUGUGUGUGUGUGUGUGAGAGAGAGAAAUCUAACCACGCUAUUUACAGCAUACCUUCUGGCUACUUAUUACCAUAUUUAUGUCUUGAUGUUGUUAUUCAUCCCUGUAGGAGCUAAACUUGAUUGAAUAACAUAAAGAAGCAGAACAAUUAUUAAUUUACUGUCAUUGUUUUUUGAUGUACAUGUACGUGUUUACAAUUCUUCCGUUAUGACAUUUUUACAUGGUUGUCUGUUGUAGGAUGUGUCUGCUUUACUUUCUUAUUAGUGCUUCUUGUCUAGUUUUAAACUGUCUGUCACAUCGUAUCUGUAAGAUUUUUACUGGCAUGUAAAAGGAGCAAAAUAAAUGGUUUCU